AUGGAGAACUCAAAUAUGGGACUGUUCAAGACUCGUACUGACUGCAGGCUGCUGCGGAACCGCAACACGAUUGCCACCGGGCCCUUUGGGUACUCCGUGAUGGCAACGUGCCUGGCUAUUAUAACGGCCGCGACGCUGCUCUUCAUUUGCAUCUGGCCAUUAGAGAAUGCGGUUCUUUACCAUCUUUUCGGGAUGGGUAUGCCGCUGGUGUUCAAAAUCUGGAGUGCAGGGACUACUGUCAUUCUAUUUAGCAUACUGUGCAGGAGUGUUACCCCGAUUUACUUGCUUAUUGUAUCGUGUUUAUUAUACUUCAUGAACCACAUGAUGCUGUUAGCAGGGCUGGUCCAGUUGUACAUGAGACAGCACGCGGCCAACUAUACGCUCUUUAGAAUGAUGUACCAUUCACCGCAGAUCUUUCACUUCGCCAUAUUCAUGGUUCUUUCUAUAUUAAGGCUUAUAUUGACACUGCCGCUGUUGUACUACGUGAUGGUGCUGGCCUCGAUCCGUACCUUCGGCGGCACGGGGUGGGAGUGCCUGUCGUCCUUGAAGCUGGAGGAGAAACAACUGGAAGGGCAAAGGAAGCAACUGGAGAUACGCAGUGAAUGGUUGAACCUAGUGAACCAGGAAUAG